AUGAGUAAUGAGCAAGGUGGUGGUGGAGAGGUGAAGUACAGAGGCGUUAGGCGGAGGCCGUGGGGGAAGUUUGCAGCGGAGAUACGCGACUCCAGCAAACAUGGUGCUCGGGUGUGGCUCGGAACGUUUAACACGGGGGAGGAGGCUGCGAGAGCUUAUGACCGGGCUGCUUAUGCCAUGAGGGGUCACUUGGCCAUCCUCAAUUUUCCGGAGGAGUAUAGUUUGCCAAGUGGUGGAUCAUCUCGUUUCGCGUCGGGUUCAUCCUCUUCGUCGUCAAUGCAUUCAGAGAGAAAGCAGGUAUUUGAAUUCGAGUGUUUAGAUGAUAAGUAUCUUGAGGAUCUUCUUGGCUAUGAAGAGAAAAAUAGCAGGAAAGAGUGA